GUCCGUCAAGCAGUGCUACUUUAACAACCCGAGGUACCUCCCCUUCCGCGUGAUUAAACUGUACUUUGUACAUACUUUUUAUUUGCCAAGUGACCGAGAAAAACAGCAUAGUGGGCCAGGGGUUAGGAUACAUUUUAAAGUGCAUUUACUUGAAUAAUUAAUACGGACUUUACAUGACGAGAAGGAGGAUCGUCAAACAGGAGGGUUCAUCCUCCGCAGCCAGCAGAAUUCAGAGGUCUGCCAGAGUCCAGAAGGAGAAGACACCGUCCCGAUGGUGGCUGAAAAGAGGCUUAUUGGUUCUCUUUGUUAUCGUAAUGUUGGUGCCUUGCUUGCAGAGAACACUCCCAGGAUUAAUCCAGCACCUUGUUUUCACUCACAGAAUCAGGGUGCCGUUCUUUGUUGACCUCAGCCGACCCUCUGAUCUCUCCCUUAAUCACACCAUCAACAUGUACUUAACAUCAGAGGAAGCAAUCUCCCUUGGCGUUUGGCACACUGUCCCUGAAAGUCAGUGGAAAGAAGCACAGGGGAAGGACUUGGCAUGGUACCAGAAGACUUUAAGGGAUGGAAGUCCAGUUUUCAUAUAUCUUCAUGGGGACACAGGCACAAGGGCAGAAACUCAUCGGGUUGGAGUGGCAAAAGUAUUGAGUGCACUUGGUUACCACGUGCUGGUGCCUGACUACAGAGGGUUUGGAGAUUCCACCGGGGAGCCGACUGAAGCCGGUCUGACCACCGAUGCCCUCUACCUGUACAACUGGGUGAAAGCACGCAGCGGAAACAGCCUGGUCGUCAUCUGGGGACACUCUCUUGGCAGCGGAGUGGCCACUAACACUGCAGUUAAACUGCUUGAGAAAGGCGAGGGGUUUGAUGGUGUGAUUCUGGAGGGGGCAUUCAACUCUGCUGGAAAGGAACCAGUUAAAGGUUUUCGCUGGUAUUACUGGAGGGUUCCAGGCUUGGGGUACUUUUUCCCAGAGCCAGGGGCAGAAAAUUUGAUGGUCUUCCCUUCUGAAAAAAAUUUGAAGAGAAUGAGAUGCCCACUCCUUUUCCUUCAUGCAGAGGACGAUCACUUAGUCCCCAUUCAGGUUGCUCAGCAGAUGUAUGAGGUAGCAGCGAGUGCCCAGAAUGCAGAGCGAGUCAAGUUGGUGUCAUUUGACGGUUCUCGAGGAUAUCUGCACAACGGCUUAUACAGAGACCCCCUUCUGCCUGACAUCCUACAGGAGUUUGUGCUUUCGUUGUAAUGUUGGAAAGACGACUGAAGCAGAAGACUUCAGAUCCACAGCGCUGCUUUCAUUUGAUCGCAAUCUACGUUCAAAUGUUUUGCUUUUGUCUUUACAGCUGCAUGUGGGCAUACAUAUUUGAUUUACUUUAAAAAUCUGAUCCAAAA